AUGUCAAUAAGAGCUCUUACACACGAGCGGCAUGUUCUCAACGGCAGAUGUAACUGCAACCGUCGACGCGCGUCGGAGGCUUCCGUUGACGCGUCGACGGCAGCCGUCGACAUUUCAAUUUUGAAGAUCAACGAUAGCCGUCGUCUGCUCUCUAGUACAGGAUCGACUUACAAAACGGCGGACGCGGCACACUACAACUGCAGCCGUCGACGUGCGUUGGCGGCAGCCGUCGACGCAGAGAAAGCUAGGAUGCUUCUUAAAAGAGUCCGUCCUGAGUUAGUCAGCUUUCAGUGCCGUAAAUCGUUGAGGAAUUCCGUCGAAUGUCAAUGA